AUGCUUCGCCUCUCCUCGCGUGCCUUGCGCCGGGCGCGCCUCGCCUCGCGCGCCAUGGGCUUCUUCGCGGACCUGAAGAACCAGCUUAAGAACGAGAUGGAGAAGAACGAGGAGCUCAAGAAGUCGUUUGAGGAGCUGGAGAAGACCAAGGAACAGUUCAAGAACGUGGAGAAGGCCGCUAAGGAUAAGAUACACGAGAUGAGCUCCAUGACUGAGGAGGCGGCCAAGAACCUGCAGGAGCAGGCCACGCAGGCCUCGCAAAAGAUCAAGGAGUCCUACGAGGAGACCGCAAAGGUGGCCGCGGCUGCUACUAAGAAGGAGGAGGACAGCAAAAACACUGCAGAGGGCACCACCGACACUGCGACGGAGGAAUCUGAGCAGGAGGCCAAGAAGGACAAGGAGGGCAGCGAGAAAACUGAGCAGGCGGAAGAAAACGCGGACGGUGCUCGUGCUUUUGUGAAAAACUUCUUUGCUGGCAUCACUGUGCAGAAGAACAAAAUCAUCAACCCCAACAAGUUCCCCAAGCUGCGCGAUGAGUGGAAGGAGGCGGCGCAGGAGCUUUUUGGCAAGAGGGAGAAGCAGACGGUUGACGAGGCUUUGGCUUCAGUUCGCACCCCGUCCGUGCAGAAGCCGAAGAAGUCGGAGGAUGGCGACGAGGAGCCGACGGAGUACACUGGUACCAGCGCUCUGGUGGCAGUGAAGGAGGAGGAGAGCGCUUGGCAGCGUGUGAGCGCUCGUUUCCGCGAGGCUCCGAUUAUCCAGGGCAUCCUUGAUGCCGCGAAGCAAGCCGCCAAGACGGAGGCAGGAAAGAAGGUUCAGCAGACGACGAAGCAGGUCAAGGACAAGUUUAGCGACGCCCAGGAAGAGGUUCUUGAAGUUUGGGAGACCAGCCAGAACCCUUGGGUGUACCGACUAUCGUCGAUCUAUGACGGCCUCUUCGGCGAGACGCCCAUGGGUGUUGCCAUCAAGGAGAUCCGCCGCGCUGAACCCGACUUUAUCUUGGAAGAGUGGAAGGAGAACAUCGAAGAGAUCGUGUUGCCGGGUGUUCUGGAGGCUUUCCUGCGUGGCAACAGCCGUGACUUGAAGAAGUGGUUCGGCGAGGCCGCUUACUCGCGCGUCAACAUUGCCAUUCGUGAGCGCAAGUCGGAGGGGUUGGUCAUGGACCCGCACGUGCUGAGCAUCGACAAUGUGGAAGUGAUUGAGGCUACGGCUGAGGACAAGCAGGCGCCGAUCAUCCUGAUGCGAUUCCAGGCGCAACAGAUCAACUGCAUUCGCAGCCGUGAGGGCGAAGUCGUGGAAGGAUCCGAGGACGAGGUGCUGGCGUACUACUACAUUUUUGCCUUCCAGCGUGACUACGAUGAGGAGCAGGAAACCCUCCGCUGGAGAAUUGUGGACCUGCACAUGCAGCGUGGCGGUCGGUAUUAUUAG